UCAAACCUUAAAACUAAAACAUAGUAUUCAGAAUUUCAAGGUGAUCGACGACCAUGGAACACUAUGAGAAAGGUGAAGAAGAUGAAGCAUCUCUUCAAGAUGAACAAAUAUGCGUCAACGAUAACAAAGGAGGAUGGGUCACCUUACCUUUCAUCAUAGGAAGUAUGAUGGGAUUAACACUAGCAGCAACAUCUUGGUAUGCAAACAUUGUGGUUUAUGCAAUGAAGAAAUACAACAUUAAGGAUAUUUCAGCUGCUCAAUUCCACAAUGUAGUGGGUGCUGGUGUCAAUUUCUUUCCCAUCUUAGCUGCAAUCCUUGCCGACUCUCUCUUCGGUUCCUACUCCGUCGUCCUUGUUUCUUCCUUCGUCUCCUUACUGGGCGCAAUAAUGUUCACCCUUACAUCUGCAAUCCCAACAUUAAGGCCUCCACCAUGCACAAACACAACCUCCUCAUGCAAUAACCCUCCAUCAAGCCUUGAGUACGCCUUCCUUUACGCCACGUUAGCAAUUUCGAUGGUUGGAUUCGGGGGGACUCGUUUCGUGAUAGGAGCAUUGGGAGCAGAUCAGUUCAAAACACCUGAACAGCAGCGAGUUUUCUUCAACUGGUUCAUCUUCGCCAUCGAAGCUAGCUCUGUUAUAGGCUUUACUGCUGUGAUAUACCUCCAAGAUAAAGGAAAAUGGACCUUAAGUUUUGGGCUGAGUGCUGCUGUCAAUGCAGUUGCCAUUGCACUUUUCCUGUUUGGGUCCCGCUUUUAUCGGCUGGUGGUGCCACAAGGAAGCCCUUUCAUCAGUAUAGCUCGUGUUCUGGUUGCGUCGUUUCGGAAGGGUGAUAGAGUGGCUGGAGAAAAGGUUGGAGAUGAUUACUUCUAUGGUACCUCAAAAUUAAAGAUGCUUCAUGGAUCUCCAACUUCUAGUCUUAGGUUUUUCAAUCGAGCUGCCUUGAUAAAAAGAUGUAGAGAUCAUCAAGAGUCAAAACCCCUUAAAAAAUCAUGGACAUUAUGCACGGUUGAAGAAGUAGAAGACCUAAAGAAACUGAUAAAAGCAUUACCAAUAUGGUCAGGAGGUAUAUUACUCAACACAAUAUCCGGAGUUGGUGCAAGCUUAGUUAUUCUCCAAGCAUUGGCAAUGGAUCGAACCCUAGGCACACGACAUUUCAAGCUCCCAGCUGCAAGCAUCUUAGUGUUUCCACUACUAUGUGGAUCCAUCGCACUUUGCUUUCUUGAUCGAGUACUAUAUCCACUAUGGAAAACCACUCUUGGUCGACCUUUAUCACCUCUUAAGCGCGUUGGCAAUGGCUACUUCCUCACUUUCCUAAGCAUGAUCUCGUUUGCUCUCGUUGAGAACAAACGACGACGACUUCAUGAUCACGUGCUUAAUAAUACUAAUAAUAACUAUAUGAUGAUUUCAGUAUUAUGGUUAAUUUUGCCAUUAGGAUUGUUGGGUGUUUCUAGCUCGUUUUACUUCCCGGCAGAGUUGGCUUUCUUCUAUCAAGAACUACCUAAAUCACUAAGGAGUACAGCCGCGUCGUUAGCCUCUUUGCAUAUGGCCGUCGGAUAUUACCUUAGCACUGUGUUUAUAAGCUCGGUUCAACGGAGGACUUCAUGGUUACCGGACGAUAUUAAUCAAGGGAGGUUGGAUCAAGUUUACUGGACACUUGCUAUUAUUGGAGCUAUUAACUUUGGUUAUUUUCUUUUAUGUGCUAAAUUAUACAAGUACACAAAUAAUGAGUCUGCUGAAAAUCAAAUUAUUGUAUCAGAAUGAAAUGUAACAACUUUAUUCUCUUCAUCAUGUUGUGUACACACACAAUUUAUUUUUUAUGUUACUCACGUGGUUUAUUUCUAAACAGUGUGAUGUGAUGAUGUCUUGUUGUGUAUGGAAAAUGGAAAAUGGAAAA